AUGCGGUUCAUCGUAUUUGUUACUUUAUUUUUGAUAGGAUCGGUUGCGUCGGUGAGUUAUGCAUACCCCUCAAAUAGUUUUACAAUGCUGCUUAACUAUAAAAAAUAUCUAAAUUUUACAGGCCCCAAAAUAUUAUCAACAAAUAAUUGCAAACAAUAAUGUCUUCUUCAUUGAUCACACAAAAACUUAUUUAUUUUUGGGACUUGAGAAGUUAGUUUCUUAUCAACUUUGUUCAAGACAAACAUUUUACAGAGUUUCGAAACCAUUCUUAACGUUUGGCACUUUAACACCACUCUCGAAAAACUUGUUCAAGUUCACCCCUAGUGCUACAGAAAUACCGACUGCGGAAAAAACAGUGAGAAUUGGAUUCGAUAAAGAUUCAAAGCCGAUCAAAUUCAAAAUUCAAAAACAACAAACAGGAGCCGCGAACACUGCUCAAGAUGCUCCUAAUGGCGUGAGUUAAUUUCAGGCACUGUUUAAAAAAGGAGAAAUGUGUAGACUAUUUAUUACUUGCUUUGUGCUAAAUAUUUGGAUGAACAUCGCAAGGCUGUAAUCUUCAUCAAAAUACGUAAUACAUUGUGAAAACAAAUGAAAAUUAAAAAAAACAUCGUUUAAACAUCCACAUGUUUCAAUAGUUUUUCUCUUGAAAAAUGCCAAUCCCUGCUAAUUAAUUUUGCAAUAUAAAAAAAAACAAUUUUUGUUUGUUUGAUAUUUUGGGCAUUUUUCAUCAUUCACGAUUUUUAACUCCACAAAUCUGAUUCACAUUUAAAAAUAAAAUAAUCGAUUGUUUCAAUCAAAAAAAUUUGCAGGCUCUUUACCGUGUGUUUGAAGAAGUUCCUGGCCCUAUUAGUCCUCCGCUCAGUUCAAAUAUCAUUGUUGUUCUUGAUCAAGCACAAACAUUCACGUGAGUUCAUUCUAUGAAAAAUUAACUAGCACUCAGCACACUUUAAGAAGCUUUUUACUUGAUAAUAGGCAAUUCCUCUUUUUACAAAAUUUUUUUGAAUAACACUCAUUCAAAAGUUUUUUACAGUAUGUCACAGCAUGUAAAUUGUCCUACACCAGUAACCGGGAGCAAAACAAACCAAAUGAUUUAUUUAAACAAAGCAUGUACUGAAGUUUCUAUCACUAUUGGAUCCACAGUGACGCAACUGAUUAGAACAACAGUGAGUAUUUUACGUUUUCUAUAUUUUUUCAAUCGAGAUCUAUGAAAUAUUACAGCCACUGACAGCGAAGAUAUUCAAAAAGAUUUACCCUGGAACUGGAUUAGACACCAAAAAAUUUGUGCUAAUCGAUAACAAGAAAUAUUUAAUUUCAGGAUUGACGUUGUAGAAGUUACAAUUGUUUAUUCUAAUUUGUUUUGUUUCAGAAAAGCAUCAAAAAGUGAAAAAAUUGGCGAUUUUGAGUAUCUUUCGGGAGAUUAUAGCACAUUGAAUCUGCAUCAUACCGCAUCAGAUAGUAAUGAUGAAAAACUAACAAAAGCAUCAACAGGCGGUAACCAUGAGUUUACAAGCAUUGCUGGAUUUGGUGUGAGUUAUUUAAAUAUCACAUGAAUCCGUUAUUUAUUGGAAAAGUCAGUUCUCAAUGUUGAUAUCCUAAUCUGAAAUUAUUAAUCUCUUCUACCACAACAUGUGAGAUUGGCAAUAGGUGAGAGUGAGGGAGACACAGACACUUUCACGUGCAAAUCUAAACCUUUCGACGAAAAAAAUAUGAAAAUUAUUCAUUAAAAACGUGAACUACGUGGAAUUCGUUUUCUUAUUGAAUCAGAGAUUAUCUCUACGUAUCGCUCAUUCUCGCCGAUUGCUCUUUGAUAUGUUGUGAUAUGUUGAUUUUUGCAAAUAUCGCUUAGGAAGAAACCUUUUAUCAUCAAAAAUUUAAAACUCAACAAUUUAGUAGGAAUCAUUUUGAAUCAGAAUACCAGUCUGACUUUUAUGUUUUCUCAAUCGCCCAUUGUUCAGUUGAGCUCUCAAAGGUUGAAAAAGCAACAUAGUGUUUAUACAAAGCCUCGUAACUCCUUCAAUAACAUAUUUUCAUGAAUAAAUGAAUAAAAAACAUCAUAAAAUGAUCACCGUAGUCGCGAAGUGCAUCAAGAAGUCAAUUUUAUUUAAUUUCAAUUUUCAAAAAAGACUAUAAUUUCUACAAUAUUAUCAUUUUCAGAGCCCAGAAUUCGGCUCAGAGGUUCACUGGGAAAAACAUCCUGGAUUGAUCUUCUGACCCCAAAAAACUACAGAUGACUUUUUACCAUUUCAAGAAAUAUUUUUAUUCAUUUUUCAAAUUCAUUCAUUAUCAAUUUCAGUCGUCGUUCGCUGUCUACGAAGAACUUGGUGAAGCACCCAAAACACGAGGCGACAUUGCAUUGUUAUCCGAUUUGAGAACGUAUCAGUGAGUUCAUUGAUUUUUUAAAGUUUUAUAUUGAUAUAGACUACUAACGCAUAUAGAUAGAUUUAAAUAUACAGUGGCGUGCAUUAGUCAUGCACACUCAUGUUUUUUUGGUGUAGGAAAGGUGAAAAUAGUCGGAAUGAGGUGAGAUUUGGCUAGAAUAAGUAUAUCGGUCCUAGAAAUGAUAUUUUAUCAAAAUAAUAAUGAUUUUGAUAUAUUGCCACGUGGAAGUUCCAUGACUUGCAAAAUGAUGAAAAUCGUAAUUUUCACAUUUUUCACAAACCGAACUCCAAUUUCUUUUUUGUUGAAUAUUUGUCAGUUUUUGAGUCAGACACAAUAUUUUAGCAUAUUUUAGUCAAUUAGGUCCAACAACCGAGUAUUUUGAUGAAAUAUAAGUUCUUCAGUAAUCUCCUGAAAUCUAUGCCUUCACUGAGACUCGCCAUCAAUUUUGAUCAUGGCUGAAGGUAUCAAAAAUAUGUGGUAUGAUUGAUAUUAUGGACUCAAAUGUUGUCAAACAUCAUCAAAAACAAGUUCGAAAAGCUUCAUAUGAAUACUGAUCAUUUGGUUUCAUUUCAGUACAUGUUAUGUGAAAAGUGUUACAAUUUUUGUCUGACAGUUCUCUCAUUUUUUAUCCAUACAUUAUCGAAAAAUUUUUCAAAGUAGGGUUUUAUGUUCUUAAAAUGGUUCUUCAGUUUACCUAAAUCCGUGGUGUCAUGGAUUCUCAACGAUUUCCACCACAUCUCGUAAUUUGGUGAGAAUUUCGAUCAAUAACUCUCAAUCAGCUUGGCUGAAUGAAAACGAGAAGUUGAAAAAACUCUGUUUUUUCAUAAAUUUGAAUAGAAACUCGAUGGAAAUUAUGAAAUAGGCUGUCAAAAUGUUUUUUAGACGUAUCAAAGUCAAUUUCAGUGGGUAACAAAAAAAUUUAUGCUCGAACCAGUAUGCAGACAAAUUUCUCAUUUCGAGAUCUCAGAGAAUUUGUUGAAAACCAUUCAAUAAAAUGAUAUUUUUCACGGGUAGAAAAGUUAAUCAGGAUUGAUUUUGAUGAAGUUUAAUUAGUUUCAUCAGAUUCUCGAAAAAUUCUUCGUCAAAAACUUCUUUUUACGGAAAAUAAAUCAUGAGUUUCGAUUUUUUUCAAGAGCCAAAAAUCAAGAUUUUCCAUUGGCCUCACUAGAGUUCCAAAUUGUGUAAUCCAUUUUAUAACAAACUUUUCAAACUUGUUUUUGAUGAUGUUUGACAACAUUUGAGUCCAAAAUGUCAAUCAUACCACAUAUUUUUGAUACCUUCAGCCAUGAUCAAAAUUGAUGGCGAGUCUCAGUGAAGGCAUAGAUUUCAGGAGAUUACUGAAGAUCUUAUAUUUCAUCAAAAUACUCGGUUGUUGGACCUAAUUGACUAAAAUAUGCUAAAAUAUUGUGUCUGACUCAAAAACUGACAAAUAUUCAACAAAAAAAGAAAUUGGAGUUCGGUUUGUGAAAAAUGUGAAAAUUACGAUUUUCAUCAUUUUGCAAGUCAUGGAACUUCCACGUGGCAAUAUAUCAAAAUCAUUAUUAUUUUGAUAAAAUAUCAUUUCUAGGACCGAUAUACUUAUUCUAGCCAAAUCUCAUCUCAUUCCGACUAUUUUCACCUUUCCUACACCAAAAAAACAUGAGUGUGCAUGACUAAUGCACGCCACUGUACACUGAUAAAAAAUUGAAAAUUAUUGACUCAAAAUGUGAAAGGAAAAUUCUGCAUACAUGUAUAUAUCUAAAACAAUUCGAAUUCAGUUUGUAUUAUGGGUAAGAAGUUAGGGUUUUGUUCGGAAAUAAACAUUCAGUGCAUUCCAUUCAGUUUUUUCCAUGAUUUUGGUAUUUUUAAUAUAUUAUAAUAUUCUCAUACGAUCGAAAAAUCAAACUAAUAAAUAUCUAUUCAAUGCUCAAUUGAUUCCAAAUGAUAUUAUUUCAGAAUAAAAACAAAUGACGGCUGCUCAACUUUACAAGCUGAUACUACAAAGAGAUAUUUAAAAAUAGAUACAUGUACGAAAUUGAAAAUAUCUGUGAAUAAUCAAGAUUUAACGCUCAUUGAGUGA